CGCGGCACCGGAAGUGACUGCGCUUGCAAGUUCCCCCGGUCUCUUCAGGGGAAACUGAGGCCGGCUUCUCCGGGAGAUUCGGCACGAGCAGUCAGCCAGGUAGGCCAACCCAAGUCCGCGGCGUACUUCCCAGCCGCAAAACGCCCUCGUAUCUGGAAGCCACUGGGCCGAUGAAGGGGGGAUGUGGCCCCCCACGGCUCGCUGGGCUCUCAGGUGAGGGCGCCGCCUCCCCUGUGCCUGACAGGCGCUUCGCCCAAUGGGAGCCUUGGCCGUCCCGCUUCCGUGCCGACUCGACCCGCGGAUUGGCUAAGCUGGGGCGGGCCGCGGGGGCGAGACCCCUCCUUCCAGAGAGGUCUAGGGGGCGCCCCUGAGGGAGGGCGGUUGCCUAGCAACGGGGCGGUGGCUCGGCGGGUACCCGGCCUAGGGGAGCGCGAGCAGUAAGCGAGGCCUCAGCCCACCCACCCGGGGCUCCAACGCGUAGCGGCCUCCGGUCCUGGAGCCCUGCAGGGGGCUCCAGGAGGCCGCCUUGGGUCGGGUCUCAAGAAAACGAGGUCUCCGCUGUGGGAGCCUCAACCCUUCUUCCUGGCCAGUGGCGGGGCUCAGCGCCUCCCUCUCACCCCGUCUUUGUGCGGGGUGCCGGCGGCCAUUGUGUCCGGGCGCGGAAUGGAGGACCUGGCAGUCCCCCAGUGCUAUGUCCAGAGCCUUUGGGGAAUUCAAAGACAACUAGCGGUGUUUGUGGGGGGUCUCCAGCCUACUCCUCUUGGAAAGGCCCGGGAGUGGUCUUUCCGAAAUCAGAUCGCAGAUCCGAGGCCGUCUCCCCCUCCCCGCGUCCCUGCGCGAAACCUUGAGAUUCACUGAGAAGUCCCUUUAGGGUUUCGGAAGCCUCAUCCAGGGCUGGUACUUAAAUAGAAAGAAAGAAAGGAGGGGUGGGGGGAAAUUACACUAAACCCAUACCUCCGGGAGAGUUCUCCUGGCUCCCAGUAGGAGGCGAGAGCCAAGGGGCGUGCUAGAGCGAGGGGGUUGGGCUCCCGGGUGGCUGGAGGCUGCGGAGCAGAGAGGCCGCCCUCGAUCUGGGCGAUGGAGGAAGCAAGCGAGGGGGCAGGUUCCUAAGCUUCGCAAUUCCUCUGGCCUGCCUACCAGGUCGCAUGAUCCCGGCCGGGACCGGGGUUUUUUGCUGAGUUACCGGCGACCCAGCCACCACCUCCUCCCGACCUAUGAUACAAAAGACCUUCCGGGGGCUGCACCUGCUCUCUGUCGCCGGAGAUAGAUUUGAAUCUCUUUCUCUCUCUUCAGAACCCUAUCUUGGCUUUGGAUCCUGGAAGAGAAUCGCUAAACACAGAGCAGACCCAGUGAGUGAGCAGGUGUUUUGGACAAUGGACUGGUUGAGCCCAUCUCUAUUAUAAAAAUGUCUCAGAGCAACCGGGAGCUGGUGGUUGACUUUCUCUCCUACAAGCUCUCCCAGAAAGGAUACAGCUGGAGUCAGUUUAGCGAUGUCGAAGAGAACAGGACUGAAGCCCCAGAAGAAACUGAACCAGAAAGGGAGACCCCCAGUGCCAUCAAUGGCAACCCAUCCUGGCACCUGGCGGAUAGCCCCGCGGUGAAUGGAGCCACUGGCCACAGCAGCAGUUUGGAUGCGCGGGAGGUAAUCCCCAUGGCAGCAGUGAAGCAAGCGCUGAGAGAGGCUGGCGAUGAGUUUGAACUGCGGUACCGGAGAGCAUUCAGUGAUCUAACAUCCCAGCUUCAUAUAACCCCAGGGACAGCAUAUCAGAGCUUUGAACAGGUAGUGAAUGAACUCUUUCGGGAUGGGGUAAACUGGGGUCGCAUUGUGGCCUUCUUCUCCUUUGGCGGGGCACUGUGCGUGGAAAGCGUAGACAAGGAGAUGCAGGUAUUGGUGAGUCGGAUUGCAAGUUGGAUGGCCACCUACCUGAAUGACCACCUAGAGCCUUGGAUCCAGGAGAACGGCGGCUGGGUAAGAACCACGCCCCUUGUGUGUCCGCCCCUUGUGUGUCUCUCCUCUGUGGAGAUCCCUAACUGCCCUUUUUGGUCUCCUGGCAUGGUUGUUGAAGAUAUCGAUUAUUCAGGAGACAUUCCUGGCUUCACUUUAAUACCAGGGGUUAACUUUGGGAAUAUUGAUGACCCUGUUUUUAAGGAACCUGUAUUUUUCAUUCUGGCUACCCUUGUGGCCCCGCAGUUUCAUAGUUUUGUUCCAAUUUCUCGGCAAAGAAAAACAGCCUGUGUGUUUACUUGGCUUAAAACCUAGGAGAGUAGCAAGUUCUCCCUGUGUUCUGCUCACUCUCACGUAAUGGGUCACCUUGGCUGGGGGGAGGAAUAUAAUACCUGGAGGAACUGCAGAGCUGAUAACCCCAGGCUCCUGUGUGCUCGCAUGCAUGCUAUUCAGACCAUUUGGUCAGGCAGGAGCCCCACUGGCUUGACUGGCUGAAUAUUGUCUGAUUUUAGAGAAGGUGGUCUGAGCCAAUUGUGUUUGUGCUGUGCCCCUAAGUUCAUUUUCACCAUGGUUGGCUUGUUUGGGGAGCCCUUGCUGUGCCCCAGGACUUUGUACCUCACUGCCCUGGAUCAGUUGGGGAUCUCCAGCUGCUCUGCCCAGUGUUUUUCUGCUCAGGGCCCUGGGGCCUCUUUACUAAAGCACUGUUUGCUGCUGGCAGAGCACGAACCAGGUCUGUGAGGCUCCAUAGGAAAUUAAGAUUUGGUGACAGACUGGAUGUGGGUGUGAGUCCUGACCCUGUCACUUAACUGGCCAUGUGACCUUGGUCAGGCUGACUUACCUUCUGGGGCCUCAGCUUCUCACAGACUGUUGUGACUCUUAAAGAUAAAGCGAGCAGAAGCUGACACCAGUGAGUGCCUUUUCUUCUGCUCACCCUUGUGCUCACCAGGGUGAGAUAGAGGUGAGAAUGCCCUUACUGGUGACCACUGUGGUAGGCAUUUACCGUUCGGAGGGAACUCCAUUCUGGAAUAGGGGAGAAUGCGACUUCUGAGAUGUAUUCUGUCCCCUCAACAUGUAGAGAAUGGACAGACUGGAAAAUAAGUCAUCCAUUGAAGGAAGUGAGGUGGAAGGGACCAUGCACCAUGGACUCCCGGAAUGUCAAGAAUUUGGUUGUUCCUAGGCUGGGUCUAGGGCGGGGCAAGAGACCUCCUGGGUUUGCCCUGAGACCCCAUCCUGUCUCUAGUUUCCCAGUUCUUUGAAACUUCACCCCUCUUCCCUCCAGUAGCUCUUGUAAAGGCAAGGAGGUCACUUGUCAGUAGAGGUCAGAUGACCAGCGUAGAGUUGGCUGAGGUAGAGGUGGGUUCCCUUGAGCUAAGGAUUGCCAGACUUGAAAGCCAAUCUGUAAAUGAACUCCCUGGGGAGAUAAAUGAUUAAAUUGUUCCUGUUGGUUUGUGCUGUGACCUCUUCUAUUCAUUCUCUCUUGCUUUGAUUCUCUUUUGGGGCAAAUAUUUGUUCAGCUGAUUAUAGGAGGGGCAGAAUUCCAGUGCUUCAGACACACCCUCUGAAGCAUCUCCAAGUAGACGUGGGCCCUUUGCCUCUGUGGCGUGCAGCCUGCCUUUAGCUGACUGAGUGGUCCUAACAACAGGUAGGGUCUUGCCAGCUACAAACAGUGGUCACAUGGAGGAGGCCUGCCGGGCCAGGGAGCCUCUUGUCUGCAGAGGCUAUUGGGGCCUGAGGACUGCCAGCUGCCCCAGAUUGCAUGUUCCAAUCACCUGGAAAAAAUGCUAAACCUACCUAAGGCAGCAGCUUGGGGGCAAAUUCAUUAGCUCUCCACUGAUUAAAAUUCCACCUUCCAAUGCCUCUUCACUCAAGAAUCUCCAGAGCCUGUUGGGCAACAUACCUGGUAACCUGCCACUUGCUCUUGGUAAGCAGAGAAUGUGUGCAGAAGAGCGGGUUAUGGCAGAACCAUUUCUUCCCCUGAGAUGGGGUGGGGGGGCCAAGGAACAUUGCACUUGGUGUUAUUUGAGCCCUGGUAGAUGCCUGCCCAUGUCCUUUUAGGUACAGUCUCCUCAGAGCUGUGCAGAUGCUGCUGCAGUGGCAUCCCCUAACUGCCCUGAACGCUGCAGCUAUAAAGUCUUAGAAUUCAAGUAGUCCACUCAGGGUACGCUCUGGAUUAGCAUUCCUUUAGGAAAGGGUAAAGAACUUUGCCUUUCUUGUACCUUGAGUACUUCAUGUGUUUUAUCUUUUACUUAGUGAAGCAAAUUUACUGAACAGCUACUAUAAGGCAAGCAGUGUACUAGGGCUAGCUUAAGCUAGACACUAUCUCUCCAUCAUGGAAAUAUGUGGUCAUGCAUAUGUUCCAAACAGUAACUUUCCAAGGUAGGUGAAUUUAUUCCCAGGUUGUACACAAAGCUCCCAGUGGCUAAAUGACUGAGCUUAAAUGUUUCUCCGCCAACGUAGUAUCUUAAAUUGAGGUUGGCCUGAUUUCAGAGUCCAAACUCUUCCUUCCAUGCCUUGUUGGGGAAGUAAUAAUCCCGACAGACUAGCAUAGACGCUCGGCUACUGUGGGGCUGAGAAAAGCCUGUCUGUAGAAGGUGCUCAUUCCAUGCUGCAAUGGUAGCAUCGUUCAGCUAUCUGAGAACAGUGCCCAAAUGUGUGGACACCUCCAAUUGUAGUACCAGUAAAACUCAGGCGCGGCAAGUGUAGAGUGGCAUCAGGAGUUUGCCCAGUCACGAUGGGCUUCAUGUUAGUGUUUUCCUUGUCAGUCAUUGAGAGUGGCAUGUGUGCAAGGAGACAGAUGGCCUGCUCUAGAAUCUCUGUCAAUUGUAGGGUGAUGCUCUAAGGAUUGGAACUCCAGCCUCUGGCCAUAACACUGCCAGCCUGCCUGAGUCACCUGGGAAGAUGUCUACCUGUUUGUGUCUCUUGUCUUUUGUCUCUCCUACCUGUAAAAUCGAAUAAUGAUACCCAACUGCCAGAAUAAAAGCCCUUCCCUAACCUUAAUUGUAGGGUGGAUGCACUUCUUCCCCAGAAUGAGCUUCCUCUCUCUAGGCUCUGAACUUUACCCCCUGGAGUUACACCUUAGGAAACAGCCUGUUCACUGAGACCUAGGCCUCAUGGGAUGAAACUCUUUUGGGGUUUUUUACUUUGAAUGUGGGUGAUACUCCAAGUGAGCCAGUCACUUUGGUUUAACCAGCCCUGGAGAUACCCUUUGCCCAAUGGAAACACCAUGGUUAGGAGCAGUGAACGAGUGGUACUGGGGAGAGUACCUAACUUGGCCUUUCCCAAGCUGCAGCUCUCUUACCUGUUCUGGCUUCUUCAGUGUAAUAGAGAGAUGGACUGUGCUUAACUGAAGCACAUCAGCUCCAUUUGCAAAUUCGGCAGUUUUGUGGUUUUCUUGGGGGAAGCCCCAUCAGAAACCCCAACACCGAAAUUCUUAGUAAUCUCAUUCAGGUCUCCAAAUGAAGUAAAGUGUCUCAGGGGCUCCCCCUUGGACACCUACUUCUUUUCGGUGUCCCUUUUUGGGUGGCUCUUGAAACUCCUUUGCCAUCGUAGGGUUUUCCAGACUCCCUAAAGCAACAUCCCCAGCAGCCACACGGAGCUCCUCGUCUUCUGCUUGAGAAUUACCCAGGUAUUUUUAGGGUGCCCCAGUGGAACCUGGAGGAGUUUCUUGACUUUCUUGUGGGCAACCACCAAUUUUGUUUGGGCUGUGUGAAGCAGUAUUAUUAGCUGAACCCCUCUCCCAGCAGAAGCCGAACCCCUCUCCCUCUCUUGUCCUAAGGCCAGUGGUCUUAAAUCCUUCUCUUGUGCCCAGCCUCCUGGUUUUCCCCAGCCCUCAGCCUACCCUCAAAGGUCUUGCUUUUUGCAGUUGCUGCUUUGUCUGGGUUAGUGUUCUUUGAUUUAAAGGUGACUCCCAGUCUGCCUUUCAGCAGAAACAACAUCCUCAACAACCAAUCUAUCAAGAUUUCAUCCCCAGGCUCUUACCAAAGUCUUCAGGGUCUUCCCUACAACUCCUCUUUUCUUGAAGGAAUCACUUGGGAUCCUGUUGUCCCUGCAGCUCAGUCUGUCUUCCCCACUCCCACUGGGCCAUUGUUUCACUUAGUGGGACAAAUUGCCACCAGCUUGAUACUCAGCAUCUGUACAGGAUCCCUGCACUUUGUAUGAAGGAAGGAAGCUGUUGGUGUAAGUUGGUGCAGAGAAGGCAUUUCUAACAGCUGUACUGUGUGAGGAGUUGAGGCAGAGUCCACAUCUUGUUCACACUGGUUAUCUCAGCCCAGAGCACAGGUCUUAGGUAUAGCAGUCACUGAUGAAAGAGACCUUAUCAAACCAGAAUAAUAAUGGUGGAAGCCUCCUCUAGCCCAGAUGUUGAGCCUCUAUUCUGCUAAACUCAGUACUAAACAAACGAACAAAUACUAAACAGAACUAAGUUUUUGCCUCAUGUAGCUCGUUCUGGUAGAGAGACAAAAAUAAUGAAGGCUGAGGCUCAGUCUGUAAAAUGUUUGCUGUGUUAGCAUAAGAGUUUGGGCCAGCCCAUGCUUUUAACCCCAACACUUGGGAGGCAGAGGCAGGCUGGUCCAAAGAGGGAGUUCUAGGACAGCCAAGGAUACGCAGAAAAAUGGUCUCAACACACAUACCCUUAAAAAACAAAACAAACCAACCAACCAACCAAACAAACAAAAAAAACCCAAUCUUUUGGGUUUGAUCACUAGAAUCCAGAAUCUGUGUUUAAAAGAAGAAAAAAAAGCCAGACAAAGUGAUGUGUACUUGUAACCCCAGAGCUGGAAGACAGAGACAAGGGAUUUCUGGGGUUUGCUGGCCAGCCACUCUAGCCUAAUGUGUGAGUUCUAGACCAGUGAAGUAGGUAGCUCCUGAGGAGCAAUAUCCAGGAUUGACCUCUGGCCCCCAUAUGCAUAUACACGUAGAUGCAAGCUAAACUGAAUGUGUACACACACACACACACACACACACACACACACACACACAAUGUAUACACAGCAGUCCAUUGACAUUACAGUCUGGAAGCUAGAGAGAUGGCUCAGUGUAUAAGAGCUCUUGCUGCUCCUCUAGAGGACUCAGAUUUGAUUAACCUUUCUCUAUCCCCACCAUGUGGGGGGGUAGAGGGGGAGAGGAGAGAUGUAUCAGCUAAUACUAAGAACUCUGAAGAAAAUUAGAUUCAUAGAUAAUGCCUAGCAAGGCAGGGUAGGGCAGCACUUUAAUAAUGGUGAUCGAAGGACCUGGCAAGAUGAUUCAGCUUGUAAAGUGUAUGCUAUCAAAGCUGAUAUCCUGAGUUACAUCCUUGGUUCUCAUGUGGUGGAAGGGAAGAAUAGUGCAAGUUGUCCUUUGCCCUCCAUAUCCUCCAUGGCAUGCCCAUCCCCAGUGAGUGGAUGGAUGGAUGAAAUUUAAAGAAUAAUCAAAAAAGUGAACAACCAAGAUAUAGGGAAAUGAAAAACAGCUCACCCCUCACCUGUUGAGGAGCUAGAAUAUGAAUUAACUUGACAUAAGGCAAAUUAACAAAAACCCCAAACAUUUUAAUAAGUCAUUUGUGCACAAGAACAAACUCAAAGAAUGGCUAGAUUCAUGAUUGAGGCUUAUGUAGCACCCUGAACUGCAUAAAGGAAUAGGAGGCUGAGUGUGGGAUCGCACGCUUCUAAUCCCAGCACCCAGCAGGGACAGGCAGAUCUUGGAGUGGGAGGCCAGCUCUCACCAGGGCUACAUGAUGAGACCCUGUCUCAAACCAAGAAAGAGGUAAAUAAAUAAACAAAAAGAAGUAAUAGGGCUUUGGGAUUCAUACAGUGACUGUUCAAGGGAUCGGAAGCUUAGCGACGAAUUAUAGUGAGUAAAUAUUGUCUCAGGUAAUAAAAGUUGUAGAGCAACCCAAUAACUGAUACAAAUAAAUACUUUUGUGACAUGUUUUUUUAAAAACAGCUUUUCUCCAGAUGAGCUAAGGCUGAACAGGGGAACCCUGUCUUGGGUUACUCCUGUGUGUCUCCCAGUGUAUGUUUCAGAGUAACCAGCUUCCAGUGUGCCACACAUGCAUAGUCUGGUCUCCCAGGCCUGUUCUUGGAAUAUUGUAUCCAGAACCCCAGCAACCUGAAGGUGGUAUUUGAGCCGAGGACUGAGAGGAGGUGGUUCACUGUGAGAGUCCAUAUAGAGAGCGUUUCAAGCAGAGGAGCGGACUGAGGGAGAAAGAUCCUUGGCAUUUUCAGGGAUGGCAGGAAGUCAGUUUGGCUGAAGAAGCAGCAAGGGACAGAAUGGUAGGAGAUGAGGGCAAAGAAAGCUUGGGGGAAGGAAGGAUGGGGAGGAGCCUGGAGACCAGAGCACACAGGGCAUUGCAGGACAGGUUGAGGCUUUGGCUUGGAAUGAGAGAGAAGCCAAGAGUAGGUUUGCAGGGAGGUGAUGCUCAGAAUUCUGUAAAGGUGAAAGCAGGUCUUUACCUUUGGAAGAUGCUGAUGCCUGGCAGAUGAAAAGGCACCUUGGCUUUAAGUGGGUGGGUGGGGAGAGAGGAGAUCAGCUUUGCACAUGGUGUAUUGACUGGUCUGUCUAGCCAUGUUGGAAGCCAUGGUUUUGUUUUGUUUUGUUUGUUUUUCUGGCCAUUUGGAAAUUCUAGAUGAAAUAAGGACUGAAUACUCUGGGAGGUUGAAACAGAAGAAUUGCUUUGAGUUUGAGGCCAGCCCAGACUACAUGGUGAAUUCAAGGCCAACCUGGGCCCGUCUCAUGCCAAUAAGUAACCUAACUCUAACUCUUCUUCAGAAAUACUUCUCUCCAAAUGUACUUUACAAAUGACCCUCCUUUAUUCUUCUGUUUCUGCCUGGAAAACUGCAAUUCGUUUAAGUAAAAAUUCUACCACCACCACCCCCUCAGGCUCUUUUGACCUUCCUAAAUCUUGGGCACAGUGAUAACAUUGAAGUAUGCUAGUGUCUAGAGAGCCUGGCACCAUGUUGCUGUCAUACUUUUUAUUUGUCCCAUGGAACUCUUGGCUCACUCACAAAGCAUCCGUCCUCCUUUUUGUGUAUGGUCACCAUUAGCACAUUCUCAGUGGCAGCUUUCUGUCAUGGUAUCAAUUCUAUUGUAUAUGUGCCCUGGUGGAUCAGGCUCUCCCUGGUCUCAGGGUAAAGAUCCAAAAAUCUACUCUCUUAGCUCUCUACAUUCAGUCUGUAACAGAUCAUUUCAGCCCCAGACCUCAGUUUCUUCCUCAUGAUGGGCUCUUGAAAUUGACAUCCUAGGAGUCCUAAUUCUCACCGGCCUCAGUCCUGGGGCAGUUAUUUAAAGUGGCUUUCUUCUUUCCAAGACAGUGCAGUCACAGGGUCAUCUGUCACUGGCUCCACAAGAGUAAGUCCCCAUACACACUGACCAGCACAUUCCAGCCUACAGAGCACUUGCACAUCUGCCUUAUCUUUGUGAUACCUUUAGCCAUGCAGAUUGGUGAUCAGGACAGUGCCAUCUCUAUGUCACAGGAGCAGACAGGAUCAGAGAUGAGUGAGAUCACUGGUCACCUGGUGUGUGACCUGGGCUUGUUGGGAAGACUCAGAAAGUCAGUUCUUGGUUUGCAGUGCUCAGAACCAUGACAGUCAUCCAGGCAGUACUGUCAUUAUCUGGGGCCCCUCCAGUCACUGUUCUGUAGAGAGAAACCACCUUUGGGACCUUGUGCUGCUUGGUUUCAUCCCCAGUGAGUCUCAGGCCAGGCCUACAUUGGCUCCAAGCUACGGAGUGAGUUCUCUGGGUCGAGAGGAGAGUUCCCCUCGGAACUAGAGCUUUUUCUCGUGCUCUUCAGGAAAUGCCAUUGCAGUGACUCCCAUAGACUGUUUCCUGUCCCGGCCCCGAAGCCGGAUUCCUGCUGUAGAGUGUGGAAACUGGAAAGUAAUGUCCCGAGAGGCAUGCCCCCUACUUUUUUUGUAUGCCCUUCCCUUUCCUUUCAGUCACUUUCUCUGCUCUCAUUCCCUUCCCCUUCACCUAGUCUCUCCCUCCAACCUGCCCUCCUCCCUUCAGAACUGGAGAUGCUUUUCUAGUAGUUCUGCCUCUGAUGCUAGACUGUGGGGUCAGUCAGAAAGAACUCCCAGCCAGUCUCCCUGGCUCCAUCAGUUAUAAACUCUCCUCUAGAGGGGCAUUAGACCUGUUACUUGGAGUACCCUAUGUCAUCUAUGAACUGACUUCUCUCAUGGGUUCCUACCCAUUUGGGCAUAGGACAGAGAUUUCUAAGAGAGGUAUCUAAGGUUCUGCACUUAAAAUCCUGCUUCUUGGAGAUUGAUGGCUAGGUGGAGUGACAGUUUGCCAUCCUUCCCAAGUCACCUUUCAGGAGGAAGCUGGAAGGUUGCGAACCUUGUUGGACUGUCAUCUGAAGAAUGGGAGCUGGCCUGGGAGGGGAUUGGAAUGCACUCAACUAUGCCUCAGAUCCUUUGUUCUAAUUCUUGAAAGGGAAACAUUCCCCUCCCUCCACCCUGGCCACACACAUGUGCCUUUGUUCCCCAAGUCAGAGUCAGGCAGCGCCUGGAACAUGACCACUGGGAACACAGUGUCCCUUCAGAGGAACCUGACUCGCCUCCCCAGAGACUGGCCCUUGGUCAGUAGGACUGGGACUUAGGAGCCCAGCCUCAUGCCCUUUUGACAGGAGCGUCUCCCACAGGAUGAAAGCUUGCUUCCAGACACAUGUCCAGGCACUUCUUUGGAAUUAUUCCAUGGGAUGCCCAUGUCCCAGGACUAAGCAGCCCCUCCUCUUAUUCUGUUUGGUGAUUAAUAUUAUUGUUAACAUUGCUAUUAAUAGCACCUAACAUUUAUUGAAUGCUUACUCUAUGCCAGGCAUUGUUCAGUAUGCACUACAAGUACUAAUUGAUUCCAUUCUCACAGCAGCACCCGAUGAAGUAGGUACUAUUAUUAGCCCCUUUCACAACCGAGGCACAGGAGUAAAGCAGCUCGUCUAAGUAGCACAGUUAGUACUAGGCAAAGUCUGGGAGGGAAGCUUCUAGCUGAGCUUUGAAGGGGUGUAACAGUGGGCAGAGUCAGAACUUGACUCCAGGCCUGCCUUACCCUAGCACUUAGGCUGUUUAUUUCUUGUACUUGAACAGCCUAUAAAGUAGGUAGCAUCAUCUUCAUUUCAUGGUCAAGAAAACCAAGGCUGAGAGAAAGAAAGGAUACUGCUGAGGCCUCCCAGACCAGUACCUGGAGGAGUUAGUGUUGCAGUACAGAGUGUUUAGCUUCCAGAACCUCACCACUGUAGCAGUAUACAGUAGUGAUGGCUCCUUUCAAGUGCAUGGUAGUGAUUUCUAAUGGACCAAACCUUUUGUUCACAUUUCCAGGUAAGAUGGGCCACUUUCAGCUUCAUUCCCAAGGAGGAAACGAAAACAAAGAGUAAAGUGACUGUCAGACUUGAAGUCUAUUUGACUGGAGUUUGUUUUGUUUUGUUUGGAGGCAGUGGCUUUUUGAGAGUCUCAUAUAUCCCAGGCUGCCUUAAUUUCGUUAUGUUGCGGAGGAGGAUCUCCUUGAACUCCUCCUCUUCCUCCUCACACUUCCUGGGAUUACAGGCAUGCCCCACCAUGCCCUGCUCCUGUGUCUGGCUAGUUGCCCCUCAUCAUCCUUGUGCUGCCUGCUACUCCUAAAGCUGGCCUCCUCUAGUUUAGAUAAGUACAUGUUAAUGAGUGCCUUGGAUGGGACACCGUGCUGUGGUGGUGAGUGAGACUCCAUGCCCUCUGUUGGCAGUCUGUCUCUGCUUCACACCACGGAACCGGCUAGCGGCCUUGCCUGUUGAAUCAGUCUGUGUCAUAUCAGUCUGUCCCCCAGGCCCCAGACAUUUUAGCUCACUAUUUCGGAGCUUUCUAUUCAUGGCCCUUAGCUCCAUUGUCUCUGAUUUAUGAGUGGUGGGGCAGAGCUUUAUGGCCCACAAAUGGUGAAGCAGAGUUGCUUACCUCAUGGUAAGAGCAAGGAAGCAAGUGGCAUGAGAGAGGGAGCUAGGAAAAGAAUGCACCCAUCACUGUAUGCCUAGUGAUUUACUUCCCAUUGCACAAAAGCCAUUAAGUUAUGAACUUGCUCUUUAAUGACAAGAAGAGGUCUGGGAUAUCGGCCCUGCUGGGGAGAGCAGUUUGAGCAGACCUUUUUAAUCCCUCCCCAAGGGCUGGAGAGAUGGCUCAGUGGUUUAGAGCACUGACUGCUCUUCCAGAGGUCCUGAGUUCAAUUCCCAGCAAUCACAUGGUGGCUUACAACUAUCUGUAAUGGGAUCAGAUGCCCUUUUCUGGUGUGUUCUGGUGUGUCUGAAGACACACACGUACAUAAAGUAAAUAGAUAAGUCUUAGAAAAAAAAAACCCUCCCCACUUUCCAGUCUCUGAAUAAAAUGGUUUGAUCUCAGUGAGUAAACCCAUGACCGCCCUGUACUCAGCAUAGUUGCCUUCCUGAAGACCCUGCAUCAGAACACUGUUGCAUUGGGGACUGUGUCUUUAACACAGGAGAUUUGGGAGGGUGGAGGUGGGAGUUCUUUUUGUUUUGAGACAGUCUCAUUCUGUAGUCCAAGCUAACCUGAAACUUACUGCAGUCCUCCUGCCUGGGAAGUCCUGGGAUCACAUUCCUAUGUCAGUGUGCCUGGCUAACAUAUAUGUCUCUGAGGUAUAUUUUAUAGCCAGGCCAAAACAGUAUUUAUUAAUCACUAUUAACAAACUUGUAGACAACUCACAUGUGAAGCAACUUCCAGUUCUCAAAUCCAUAAACCUGAGAGAAUAGCGCCAACCUUACUGGAGUAAGCAAAGCCUAAGUAAGAAAGUGAAUGCCUGGGGUUGGGGAUUUAGCUCAGUGGCAGACCACUUGCCUAGCAAGCACAAGGCCCUGGGUUCAGUCCCCAGCUCCGAAAAAAAAGAAAAAAGAAAAAAAAAAAAAAAAAAAAGAAAGUGAAUGCCUAAGUGUUGUUAGGAUUAAUAGCAGGUGUUGUGUGGGGAAUGCUUGCUUGCACUACACCAGGUGCUGUGUUUAUGCCCUUGACAUAAUCGUCUUAUUCAGUCUCCACAACUGCUCUGGUGUGCAGAGGGCACUCCCAGGAUUCAGAGACCUCCAUAGUAACACAUCUUCUAAGAGGCAGAGCACAGUCUGGCAAUAUGCCUUGUGCCAAAAUCUAUCCUUAUGCCUCUAUGUUGUUGCUUUUUCUACAGACCUGGACUGGUUUAUUUUAUCCCGAGUGCCUGGCACAGAGCCCAGGCUUCAGCAGGGGAUUGGCUAGGGUCUGUUCAGUGAGCAGGAGGGUUGUUACUACUAGACGUAGUAGAAGACUGUCAGUCCCUGAGGAAGCAAACACUUCUGAAUCAGGAAUACACCCCAAACACUUGGUGAAUGGCUUGUGCCAAAUCUGUGGUGUAGACUCAAAAAGUGGAGGAGGCCAGACCACUGAUUACAUCCUACAGGUGGCCUGGGCCUCUGCCAGAUGGUCCCUCUUCUACCACCACCACCACCCAUUAGAUUACCCAUGAGAGGCCUCCACCCUUGGUCUGCAUCAUCACCUUCCACCUGGCCUCUGGCCAGCUAGAUUGCCAGUCUAGACUUUUCUGUACCCCAGUAGAAAGCGUCAGAGUGGGGAAAGUCACUGGGGCCUUAAGUAACCAUAGUUUUUUCAGCAAUGUGGCUUUGUGUGCUGAGGUCUCCCAUUUCCUCAUCUGUAAAGUGAAGAUAAUGGUAAUGGGUCUUUUCCUCAGAGUGCCAUGUUUUUCCUCUGCCGAGAGUCACUGCCUGCCUCACGUCUGAUUAGGACUCUCUCUUUAUCACUCAGGUCUUACUUCCCCAGAGGAUACCCAUGUUUACAUGUGUACUGUCUAAUUCAGGGGAACUUAAGCUCCCAGAGUAUUUGCUUUUGUCUUGAACUUUCUCCUUUAUUGGUUGGUGAGCUAUUGUGGCUUUUGCUGAAGAGGAUCUGGUCUAGGCAAAACUGGUCAGAAUGUUUGGAGUUUGGUAACAUCUGGCCAAUAUUUUUUGAGAGUCUGUAGAGUGUAGACCAUACAGCUUUCUGCCUGACCUACAGUAGACUUGGUCAGUUUUCCCUACUGUUCGGAAGAUGUGGAACAUGAAGGCUUCUUCGCUCCUCCCUACCCCGUAUGCUGGAGGUUGAACCCAGGGCCAUUAAGCAAAUGUUCUUCCUCAGUCUGUAUAGUCCCAACCAUUUUUAACCUGUUAUGAAACAGGGUCCCUGCAGAACCCAUCUGGUCCUGACCUCAGUCCUCCUGUGACACUUUCCUGGGGUUAUGGGCUUGAACCACCACACCCAGCUCAGUGAAAGAAUAAACAGGCAAAAGGAAUGUGGCUGGGACAGGCUAGAUGGGUAAGAACCAGCCAGCCAGAUCUGAAGGGUGCAUGUGAAACACUGGGAGUUGGUGAGCUAUCAUGGCUUUUGCUGAAGAGGAUCUGGUCUGGGCAAAACUGGUCAGGCAGAAGGAAGCAGAGACUGAUGUAGGCCUCGGGGAAUAGGGGUGGGAGUAGCUGAUGGUAGUGUUGGCCUCAGAGCGGGGAGACCCAAAGCACCCCUGGGAUGCAGUCAAGUCUCUAGUAACCCCUGGGAGAAAGGAACCCUGGCCAGGUGGGACUCAGUAGGCAAAGCUGCAGGGAGGGAAGAGUCAAAGGCACCUGGGACCUGCAGACCAGGUAGGCCGCCCUGGUGGUUAUUUGGGGCUCAGAGCCAGGUGCAGAUUCAAAAGAUUGAUUGAAGCCUUUUGGCAACUCUAGCCUUUGUAGGGUAAACAUCACCUGGUCCUGCCACCUGCUAUGACUCUGCCAACAAGGUACCCUGGCAGACCCAAAAAGGCCCAGCUUUCUCGCUGCCCUGGUAGAGCAAAACUAUCCUCCAGAGAGGCGGGUAGCCUCUGAAAGUCUCAGGUGACAAUAAGGUGUCUCCUACUAAAGGGCCUUUCCACUGAGGAAGGCAGAGAGGGGCCCUGGGAACCCAGACAGCUGGGCCAACUAGGGGGAGGGGUCAGCUCAAGAGCAGGUGCAGAUUUCGAGGAGGGUGUGGCCUGAGGGGAAGUAGGGAUCUUGGUAGGCUACAAAACUUCCCUCCUCCUCCCCCAAACACAGCUGGCUUCUCCAGGAACCUGAUGACCUAGUUACAAUGCUUAGAAAUAGUUAGCUUAGCUUAUAGUUCAGGGCUGUGCCAAUCUAUCAUCCUUGAGACUUCUUGGGUCCAAAAGGUACCCUGGGAUUUCCUCAGAGUAGUUUCAUGUGAAGAACAUGCACCUUGUCACAUGCAUGGGUUGUUGCCCAAGGAAGGACACAGUCAAUAAGGUUUCUUCUUUGCUGUGUCUCCUGCCAUGCCCAGGGAGAAGUCUCACCAGUCCACCCCUUCCACUUCUCUCCAGGGGCUGGUGGAUAGCCAGAAGAAGCCACAAACUCCCUGAGGCACAUAGAGGAAGAAACUCCUGUUGCUGAGAACACAAGUCCUCUUCUUUUCUCCUCUCAGUAGGAUGGUUAAACCUGGGAGGGUGUGGCAAGACUGAGGCUAGGACCAGAUGGAAUCCAGAGAUGAAAACAUGUAGAAAAUGGUUGAGACUAUGGUUGGAUGAGUGAGAAAGAUGCCAGGGUCUCUGGAGGUCUCCACCCUCUCUGGUAGCAGCUGCUCCUGGUGUUUGUGGUACUCGCCUUGCCAGUGCCUCCUUGGGAGAAAAUUGGUGAUCACCGUUGAAGAGUUAGGUACAAUACAGUUAGGAGUGUAAGUCAUUUGGUAGAGUGUUUGCCUAGUAUGUAGGAAGCCCUGGGUUUGAGUCGCAGCACUGCGCUUACUCAGGCUUUGUAACCCAGGCCUAAAACUCAGUAUUCUGGAGGAUCAAGAGACAAGGUUGUCUUUGACUAUAUAAGGAGUUAUAAAGUAGCCUAGCCCUGCCUCACGCUAACAAAAAGUAAGUAAUAAUGAGUUGGAUAUAGUAGCUGGACAUAGUGACGCCUGCCUGUAGUCCCAGUACUUGGGAGGCUGAGGCAAGAAGAAUACCGUCAAGGCCGGCCUGCACUGUAGAGUAAAACCUGUCUGAGGGGAAUGGGGGAGAGGCGAGGGGCAAUGGUGAGAUGGCUCAGUGGAUAGCAUUUGCUAUAAAUCCUAAUAACAUGAGUUUAGACCCCAGAACCCACAUGUGGAACCCACUUCACCAGGUUCUUCUCUGCCUUCCAUAGGCAUGCUGCUCCCACCCCGCUGCACAGGAAGGGAAGGGAAGGGAGGGGCGGGGAGGGAGGAAGAAAGAUGGUUUAAAAAACCAGCAAGGAGAUGAUAACGUAGUGCUUUUCUGGAAUACUCUGCUGAGCUUGAAAGCAGCUAUUGAGGUGCGUGGAGCCUGGCACACAGUAACUACUCCGUGUGACAGCUCCUACUAUGACUGUUAUCUGAUUGCUGUCACAGGUGGUCAAGUUGCUCUGAUUGUUGUUGGACUUUCCUUUUUCUUUCUCUUCUUUUUUUUUCUGAGACAGAGUUGUUCUUUGCAGCCUUGACUGUCCUGGAACUCAUAAUAUAGACCAGACUGACCUUGAACUCAUCAAGAUCUGGUUGCCUCUACCUCCAGAGUGCUGUGAUUAAAGGAGCUACUUUCUUUUCUUUCUUUCUUUCUUUCUUUUUUUUAUGAAAACAUUAUUUUUUAUUAGAUAUAUUUCUUUAUUUACAUUUCAAAUAUUAUUCCCUUUCCUGGUUUCCUGUUCAUAAGCCCCCCUCCCCUCCCCCAUAUGUGUGUUCACACCCCCCAUCCACCCCCUUGCUGCUCCCCCACACACACAUUCCCAUGCACUGGGGGUCCACCCUUGGCAGGACCAAGGGCUUCCCCUUCCCCUGGUGCCCCAACAAGGCCAUCCUCUGCUACAUAUACAGUUGGAGCCCUGGGUCAGUAAAGAGCUACUUUCUGAAAGCAAAUGUUUGGGCUGUAGAGGAUGUGGCCAUCCUUUGGCCCAAGAGUUAGGGAAACAGGAACCUUUGGCUCACAGCCUUGUCCCUGCCUGCCUCCCUCACCAGGGAGGGUCUCAGGUCAGAACUUGGACACAACUAGACCCCAUGUUGUUGACUAGUAUUUGGCAACAGGGUGUAUUUUCUCUAAUCUUUGCCAAGGUUCUCCAAGAUGGCAGACCCCUCCAUAUUUGAUGACUGGAAGAUUUAUGAAUUGAACAUUUAAAGUGUACAGGAGCAUGCAAGCCUAGCACACAGUGGGUGCCUCCAUAUCUGGAUAAGUAAGCUGUUUGGGUACUGUGGAGUUUCUCUGGGAUGGCCUCAUUUCUUGUUUGUUCAAUGGCCAUAAACCUCUGGCCUAAGCUCUCUGCCUGUCGCCUCAUAUGCUGAAGAAAGAUAACACCCGCUUUGCCUCCCUCCUGGGCCAGCAGGGAGGUCCAAAGAGGUGAUAAGUGAAAAAGCACUUUGAAAACUAUAAAUGUUUGGUCUUGUUGCUUCUCCCUGAUUAAGGCCACAGCCAUAGAUAUCUAUAUCAUUCAUUCAUUCCCCGAGCCAGCAACCCAACCAGAAAAAGGAAAAGAAGCAAACAAACCUUGACUUAACAUUUCCCUGUUUUCAAGGAUUAGGGCAAGCUCGUAUCUCCACGCCUAGACACCAUGAAGGGGAAAAGUUCUUUCUAGACAGGUUGUUC